AUGGCGACCCAACAGCCUCCACUGCGGUUUACGUCGCACCAUAACCUUAUAUACCGACUCGUCCUUGCAACUCUGACCGGUCGCACCGUCCACAUCUCUCAAAUCCGCUCAUCCUCGCCCACCAACCCAGGACUCGCUCCCCAUGAGAUUUCUUUCCUCCGCCUCCUCGAAGCCGUCACCAACGGCUCCCAAAUGGAAAUCUCUUACACCGGUACAAUCCUCAUCUUCAAGCCCGGUUUGAUUACCGGCACCUCCACCAGCGUCAGCAUGAUCACCCAUGAACUGCCUUCCAACUGCUCUCGCGGUCUGAGUUACUACCUCAUCCCCCUCUGCCUGCUCGCCCCCUUCUCCAAGACGCCCCUCCGCGUCCUAUUCACCGGGCCCGGCGUCAUCACCUCCUCCACGCCGACAGGCGACAUGUCCGUCGACAGCGUCCGCACCGCCAUCCUCCCGCUGUACAACCAAUUCGGCAUCUUCAACAACGUCGAGCUGCGCAUCCUGCGCCGCUCCAACCCGGGCCCGCACGGCCGCGGUGGUGGCGGCGAGGUCCAGUUCACCUUCGGCCACCAGGUCCGCCUCCCCAAAACCCUGCACCUGAUGAACCCCGGCCGCAUAAAGCGCAUCCGCGGCGUGGCGUAUUCGGUUGGCGUGUCCGGCUCCAACAACGCCCGCAUGAUCGAGACGGCGCGUGGUGUGUUGAACCCACUUUGCCCGGAUACGUAUAUCUUUGCGGACGUCGCGUCGGCGCCGCUGCUCCCGGCACCGGACAAGAGUAACCCCAACGCGAAGAAGAAGGUCGGUCUGGGUUUCGGGCUGUCGCUGGUCGCGGAGUCGUCGACGGGGUGUCUGUGGUCGGCGGAUGUCGCCUCGCCGCCGUCUGGCGGGGAGCCGCCGGAGGAUAUCGGGAAAAAGUGUGCUUAUCAGUUGCUGGAAACGGUUUCCAAGGGUGGAUGUGUGGCACCUGCGGCGGCUACGACUAUGCUGACACUCAUGACGAUGGGAUCAGAGGAUGUUGGUCGUUUGCAGGUUGGGCGUCAGGUUAUUGCGGAUCCGAAUCUGAUUCAGCUGGCACGCGACUUGUCGAAGUUCGGGGCGCCGGGCUGGGGUAUUCGUGAUGCGGCGGGUGAGAACGAGAAUGGGGAUGUGAUCAUCAGUGUAGUCGGACGUGGGAUUGGUAAUGUUGGCAGGAAGGUCGCAUAA